AUGCUUGAUAAACACAUACCUGAUGGUCACUUAGAGACAACAAGUGCCCACUGGAGAGAUCUGAAUCAAGUUAUUCAAAAUGGAGAACUCAGUAUCGACGGCUAUAGCCUUAGUCUUGCCGAUGUUGUCGCGGUAGCAAAAUACGGCUGCCAGCCUCGACUUACCGAGAAGCCUGAGACGAUCGAUGCUAUUAACGGGAGUGUGAUAGCACUAGCCGAAUGCCUUCGAGAUGGGCAUCAUAUCUACGGUGUCAAUACUGGAUUCGGGGGAAGUGCUGACUCUCGGACGAACCAGACGACCACUUUGCAGAGCUCUCUCCUUCAGCUACUCCAAAGCGGCAUUCUUACCACAUCUGAUACUACCAAUGAAGGCCUACAACCCAAAUCACAAGAGCAAAGCUCCCACUCCAUGCCUUCCGAAUGGGUCAAGGCGACUAUGCUUGUAAGGAGCAAUUCAGUUGCCCGGGGCCAUUCGGCCGUGUCACUGCCCGCAAUUAGUGCAAUCUUGCGGUUGAUUCGUGAGGAUGUCAUCCCUGUGAUUCCUCUUCGGGGAACCAUUUCCGCAUCAGGGGAUCUCAUGCCCCUCGCAUACGUUGUCGGAGCGAUUGAAGGGAGUCCCGGGAUCUAUGUGCGAGUCAAAGAUGGGUCGGAGCAUCAUGUUGUCACGGCUCAGAAGGCACUGCAGACAAUUGGUGCUAAGGGUGUCACGCUGGGACCCAAAGAGGGCCUUGGUUUGGUUAACGGCACAGCCGCUUCGGGUGCUCUUGCCGGCUUAGUGCUCUAUGAGGCGCAUCAGCUGGCCGUACUUGCGCAGGCAGUUACUGCUCUUACAGUUGAGGCCAUACAAGGGAGCACAGAAAGUUUUCAUCCUUUUAUCGCUCGAGUGCGUCCGCAUGAAGGCCAGAUUGAAGCCGCGGAAAACAUUUUGUCCCUGCUGAAAGGCUCUCUACUUGCCAGGGGAAGUAGUACCACGCAAACUAGGACGGGGCUUGUCCAAGAUCGUUAUUCUCUUCGAACAGCCAGUCAAUGGAUUGGACCCCAAUUGGAGGAUCUCCUUCUCGCAGAUCGGCAAGUUCAGGUUGAACUCAAUUCAACGUCGGAUAACCCGCUUAUUGAUACGGGCUCGAAGACCUUCUACACGGGAGGUAACUUCCAAGCAACCUCGAUUACUUCAGCAAUGGAGAAGACCCGACUUGCGUUGCAAAUGUUCGGGAAAAUGUUGUUUGUUCAGUGCAACGAGAUGAUCGACCCCAAUCUGAACAAUGGUCUGCCCACCAAUCUAGUCGCUGACGACCCCAGCCUUUCCUUCACUAUGAAGGGGGUAGAUAUUAACAUGGCGGCCUACAUGUCUGAGUUAGCGUAUCUCGCCAAUCCAGUUAGCUCCCACGUUCAGACCGCAGAGAUGCAGAACCAAGCGCUCAACUCACUGGCAUUUGUUUCAGCACGAUAUACCAUGAAGGCGGUUGAUAUUGUGUCAAUGAUGGGCGCGUGUGCACUAUACGUCGCUUGCCAAGCCCUCGACCUACGUGUCCUGCAACUCCGCUUUUUUGAGAGGCUUCAGGGUGCUGCUAGAGAUAUCGCAAACGAAGCUUUUGGGAAGGUGCUUGAGCCACAUGAAAUAGACAAGGUAGCGGAUCAUCUUUCCGAAGCGUUCCAGAAUUCUUGGCCAUCGACUUCACGUCUCGACCUAACCGAUCGCUGCAAGCGGGUGGGCGAGAUGUUCGUCCCCGUGCUAUUUUGGGCUCUUUUGGAGAUUGUCCCAAUGAGUCGGCAGAAUUCCGAUCUAUUUACAGCGAUUUAUGCAUGCAAGAUGAUGAGUGUCCUCAAGCUUGAAGCUGUUUAUCGAGAGGUGUUUGCCGAAUUUUGCACUUUGCAACCAACAGCCGACUUCCUCGGAAUAGGGACAAAGGAGAUCUAUACGGCCAUUCGGCAUGACCUUCAAAUCCCCUUCCACCAGGGGUUCGUUGAACACCCCUCGGUGAGCCAGAAUGAUUUGCCAGAGACGAUCAAUGGUAGAGCCAAGAAGACUGUUGGGGGGUGGAUAUCAGUUGUAUAUGAAGCUUUGCGAAACGGUACGCUGAGUGGCACAAUUCUAAAUUCAUUUCAGCAAUAG